UGUAACCCUUCGCUGUUAUUACAGUUGCACCCGUGUUAGCCCCCUGAGAGCAUGUCAACGACUAAUUGGUUCGACUCUAACAUCCCCCCAACUGCCAGCCCCGAAAAGGAUGUUUCCUGGCAGGCAACAAAGUGUAGUGUCCGCGAACGAAAUGCCCAUCUUGUGGGCAAUGAACUCAUGUCGGACGUUACGUUUGUUGUGGGAGCGGGAAGAGUGAAAAUUCCCGCCCAUAGGCAUGUUCUGGCAAGUACCAGUGCUUCCUUCUACGAAGCCCUGUACGAACGGAAGGAUCCACCACCGGAAAUUGAGGUUACAGACGUUGAAGAAGUUCACUUCCGUACCCUCUUGCGCUACAUGUACUGCGACGAACUUAGUACAACAUCUGAGAACUGCUUUGAACUUCUGCGUCUAUCUCUGCGCUUUGGGCUUCGACAUAUGGAGACACAAGUGGUGGACUACAUUGAGAAGAGUCUCUGUACGGACAAUGUGUUGGAUAUCUUCCAGCAAUCAACUGUCAUGGGAUGUCAGGGACUACGUGAACGAUGCUAUCGGAUAAUUGAGUGGACAAUCAGGGAAAUUCUCAAUACGGAGAAAUUUGUCAAUACUUCUCGGGAAAUUUUGGGAUUAAUCCUCCAAAUGCCACGUCUCAAUUGUCGCGAAGUUGAAAUCUAUCGUGCUGUAAUGGCAUGGAUUGAGCAUCAAUGCCUCGUUAGGGAUCUUCCGAUUGACGGGGAACCAAGGAGAGAAUGGCUUGGCUUGGACCUUCUUCAUCUCAUUCGUUUCCCCACAAUGACUGCUGAGGAAUUCUCCGAAUGUGCCACCGUUGAUGGCUUCCUCACAGCAGAUGAGAUCUCACGAAUCUUCCUCGUGAUUAUGGAUAAAUUCAGCGGUGCCAUUGAGUUCUCCCACAUGCCGCGUACUUCGGUUAUUUCCUUCGAAACAUCCCGCAGCAUUGUCAUCCUCAAUCGCUUCUCCAAGUGGUCACGUGGCUUCAAUCGUACCAUCUCCUACGAUCACCACAGUGUCCUCAUUAGUGUGACAAAGCCAACAAUUGUUGCUGGUUUUGGGCUCCUUCUUGAUCAGAGUGACGUCGGCCUCGAUGGGGCCAUUCUAACCUUCGCCAGUCGCGACAUUCAACUCGAUAAACUCGAAGCAGGGACACACAUCAACAGAAUCGCCAUGAAGGAUAACUUCUACAUGGUUCACGUACUCCUUGAGCAACCAAUGCUACUGGAAACAAACGAAGUCUACCUCGUCAAGCUGACAAAUCCAACAAAUGGCUUCCAAACCAUCUCGGGGGAGGUGAGAGACAAAAUUGCCUUCGGAAAUGCCUUAAUUACCUUCAAGAAGCCCACAAAGAGUCCCUACGUCAAUGCAAUAGCUGAAAUUCUAACGCUUUGCUAAAUAAUUUCUUUUUGUAAUAAGACCUUUUUUCUUUCAAAUAAAACAUCCGAAUAUAAACUAAA